GAGUCCGACCUUCACCCCUCUCAUUUCUAUUCCAUUCCGGAGCGGGUUUUCGACCCGAUACGAUGGCCCGUUUCGUAGCCUUAACCCUUCUCGUCCUUCUCUCACCGAUUCUCUUCGCCAAUUGUCGCAUUCUCGACGAAAGUGUCCUCAGGUUGCCAUCCGAUGGUGUGGAUUCGUUCACCGGAAGCGAUGAUGACUCGGUCGGGACGAGAUGGGCGGUUCUGAUCGCAGGAUCUUCUGGCUAUGGAAAUUACAGGCAUCAGGCUGAUGUAUGCCAUGCAUAUCAAAUCAUGAAAAAUGGUGGACUAAAGGAUGAAAAUAUCAUUAUUUUCAUGUAUGAUGAUAUUGCUUACAACGAGGAAAACCCUAGGCCUGGGGUCAUCAUUAAUAACCCACAUGGUCAAGAUGUUUACGCCGGAGUCCCCAAGGAUUAUGUUGGGGAUGAUGUUACUGUUGGAAAUUUCUUUGCUGUUCUCCUUGGAAACAAAACUGCUCUCACUGGUGGCAGUGGGAAGGUUGUCAAUAGUGGUCCUGAUGAUCAUAUCUUUGUAUUUUAUACUGACCAUGGUGGUCCUGGGGUCCUUGGGAUGCCAACCUAUCCUUACCUCUAUGCGGAUGAUUUAAUAGAGGUUUUAAAGAAAAAGCAUGCCUUGGGAUCUUAUAAAAGCUUGGUAUUUUAUCUUGAAGCAUGUGAAGCUGGGAGUAUAUUUGAAGGUCUUCUCCCAGAAGGUUUAAAUAUCUAUGCAACCACAGCAUCAAAUGCUGAAGAGAGCAGUUGGGGAACUUAUUGUCCGGGAGAGUAUCCCAGCCCUCCUCCAGAGUACGACACCUGUCUAGGGGACUUAUAUAGCAUUUCUUGGAUGGAAGACAGUGAUAUACACAAUUUGCGGACUGAAACUCUGAAGCAGCAGUAUCAGCUGGUCAAAACCAGGACUUCAAACGACAAUACAUAUAGUUUAGGUUCCCAUGUUAUGCAAUAUGGGAAUAUAGGGAUUAACAAGGAUCACCUCUUCUUGUAUAUUGGCACGAAUCCUGCAAACGAUAAUUUUACUUUCGUUGAGGAGAAUAAAUUGCUGCCAUCCUCAACGGCCGUCAACCAACGCGAUGCAGAUCUCCUUCAUUUGUGGAAUAAGUACCGGAAAUCUCCUGAAGGCUCUGCUAGGAAACUUGAUGCUCAUAAGCAGAUACUCGAUGUGAUGUCUCAUCGACUCCAUAUAGACAACAGUAUGGAACUCAUUGGGAAGCUCUUGUUCGGAUCUCAAAAGGGCCCAGAGGUUCUGAAGACUGUCCGGCCGGCAGGGCAGCCUUUAGUCGAUAACUGGGAAUGCCUUAAGGCAAUGGUCCGGACUUUUGAAACACACUGUGGAUCGCUCUCUCAAUAUGGCAUGAAACACAUGCGCUCUAUCGCAAACAUCUGCAAUGCCGGCAUUCGAAAGGAGACAAUGGCUGAGGUCUCUGCCCAAGCAUGCAUCAAUAUUCCCGCUGGCCCUUACAGUUCUCUUCAUAAGGGAUUCAGUGCUUGAUGCUGUAUUGGAAUCUGGUUCUCUACACUGCAUGUAGCCGUAGUAACUGGUAUUGUCAUGUAAAUACAGCUUAAAGAAAACAUAUAACUGGUGUAUAAAGAACCUUUGCUUGUUAGUAACGUGCUUGUAAGAAAACGUAUAUUGAUGAUUAUCCAAGUUAUCAUUUACCAGUGUCUGGAUGUUGUAAGUGUGGAAUGUCAGUCUGAGAUCCGAGCUUAUUUC